GUGUUUUUCUUCUAAUUAGGUCCAUUUGCUUCAGUUUGGGAUGUGGUGAACUCGUAUGGAAACUAACUCGUAUGAACGGGAAAACUCGUAUGGAAAACGAACUUGUAUGUACAAAAUAACGGUGAACUCGUAUGAGGAUGUUUGGAUAUGCAGAUAUACUUUGAUAUUUCUCUUAAAUGUGUAUUUUGACAUUUGUUUUGUAUACAUGCUUCUUAUUUAUGUCACCAGCAGUCAACUAUUUGCGUGUCAACCGCAGUUUGUGCGUCAUCGGCAGUCACCUAUUUUCGUGUCACCUGUGGACACCUAUUUUCGUGUCAUGUUAUAUAUUUUGUGUUGCAUGUCCUAUGUGUCCAUUGUUGGCAAGAGUCGCAUUCCACGCCAUGAUGUCAUCUUGUUACUGGUCGGUGACAAACCACACAAGUUCCUGUAAAACGCAGGACACGGAGAGGGUGGAGACAGAUCAAAUAAUUAUGGAAAAUACGAUUCAAGACUUAUUUGUUCCAAAGCGUGGUCUCACAAUUGUGACUGCCGCGGUGUUUAUGGUGGAAGUAAUAAUGGGGUCCGGUGUUUUGGCCCUACCCAGUGGAGUCCGCGACGCAGGCUGGGUUGGUAUUGCGUUGAUUGUUCUCUGCUGCUUCCUCUCGAUGUACACAGGGGACAUCCUGGGCAAAUGCUGGUGUCUCGUGCAGGAACGCUACCCAGAAUUCCGGGGCCACGUCAGAUAUCCGUACCCGGCGAUGGGUCAGAUCACGUACGGCAAGCCCGGAAGGUUGUUGGUGUCCUUCUCCAUCAACUUCACUCUGUUCGGAGUGGCCGUGGUCUUCCUGUUACUGGCGUCACAGAACAUCCACGACCUCAUUAACUACCUAAACAAGGACAUCUCCUUGUGUUACUGGCUUAUCAUAGUUGCGGGGCUGUUGGCACUAAUGUGCUUGUUUGGAACGUCCGCUGACUUCCCAUUUGUGGGCAUUGGAGCGAUGGCGGCGAUGUCGAUCGCGAUUGUGAUGGUGUUCGUCAACAUCUUGCUGGACAAGCGAGACCAGAAUCACGUGACCCACUCCUUGCCUGAGGUCAACUCGUUUUUCAUGGCGUUGGGCACGAUCUGCUUCGCGUUUAGCGGGCACACCGUCUUCCCCACGUUCCAGGCAGACACGAGAGACCACAAGCAGUUUGGAAAAGCCAUGCUAUUAGCUUAUAUUGUUCUCGUGAUGUAUCUGCCGGUCGUCAUUGCUGCGUACGUCGUGUACGGCGACUCCAUCGACGCCAACAUCCUAGAGACUGUGUCGAGCGGCCCCAUGCUGUACACAGUGCAGAUCCUCUUCACUGUUCAACUGGUGCUUGGCUUCAUCAUUGUGCUCAACCCGUUCAGUCAGGAGGUCGAGGAGCUACUCAAAAUACCCAAAGAGUUUAACUGGAAACGGUGUGUCUCAAGAACUAUAACUGUAGGACUCGUCCUGUUCGUCGCAGAGUCCAUACCGCACUUUGGCGCCAUUUUGGCACUUGUUGGCGGCUCUACGAUCUCACUUCUAGGAUAUGUGUUUCCGUCAAUAUUCUACAUGAAGCUGUGCCGCAUGAAUGGAGAAUGGGAUACAGUGUGUAUUCCACUGCACACGAAGGUGGCCAACUAUGUCAUCGUGGUUGUGGGGCUGGUGGCUGGUGCCGCCGCUACAUACUCUGCUAUAUCGGGCCUGGCCAGUCCCGACGUCUUCUCCUUGCCGUAUUACAUGGACAUCUAGAAAGCAUAACCAGAUGACUUGAUGCAUAACAGUGUCUGGCCUAAACAGGGGCAGAGGCAGGUGGUUUCUUGUAUGGGUACAUCUUAAAAAAUAAAUAAAAAACACUAUUUAUUAUAUGUUUUAGAUAUUUGAAACAUCCUGGAAACAUAUAUAGGUUAUUACAAGUGGGUGUUUUAGUAUCGUCCAUAUCAGGAUUAUAUGACGAAUAGAGGCUUGCAUAAUACUUUAUUUGUAUUACUAAUGUAUGUGUAUGUGUAAUCGUAUGUGUUAGAAUUAAAAUUAAAGUUUGUUUUGUUAAACGACACCACUAGAGCGCACUGAUUUA